AUGAAGCUAGAAUAUCGCAUCCUAGAAGCGGACAUCAGUCAACGGUUGGAUAAGUUUUUCCAUAAAAAAGAUUCCCUGCUGGAAGUGAAUCCCGGCCGAGUCUUUAUGCCAACUAGAUUCCAGGAAAUUGGAGACGACAUUCUGAGCCUGGAAAUACGGAAGGAUGACGUUUGGUUGCUGUCCUAUCCCAGAACGGGAUCGACGUGGGCUCAGGAAAUGAUUUGGCUGCUCGGAAAUAAUCUCGAUUACGAAGGCGCGAAAAGUAUUCAACAGGUCAGGACCCCACUACUGGAGCUUUCUGCCAUUUUCUCGGAAGACCGCAGUGUCGAAGAUUUUGUAACCAAACAUGAGAAAGUCGACUCAGUGACUUGUGUUCGUAAUCUACCUAGCCCUCGUUAUGUAAAGUCUCAUCUCCCGUGGCAGCUGUUACCCAUGCAAAUGGACACUGUUCGGCCCAAAAUGAUUUAUAUUGCCAGAAAUCCAAAAGAUCUUUGCGUUUCUUAUUACUACUACUGUCAACUGAUUCACCAGACAAGUGGAAGUUUCGAAGAGUUUUGUGAAAUCUUUCUCAAUGACCAAGCCCCCAUCGGGCCGAUGUGGGCGCACAUGUUGUCUUUCUGGGAACGUCGUACUCAACCGAAUGUGUUAUUUCUCAAAUACGAAGACAUGAAACGCAAUUUGCCAACGGUAAUUCGAGAUUGUGCUCAAUUUAUGAAUAUCGGGCGGGAACUGACCGCCUCGGAGGUGCAGGACCUGUGCGAUCAUCUACAGUUCGAUCGCAUGCAGAAAAAUCCAGCUGUUAACAUGGAACCUCUGAUGCAGAACUCAAAUCUAAUCGACACGAACGGAGCGGUGAAGUUCAUCCGAAAGGGGGCGAUUGGAGAUUGGAAGAACUACAUGAACGACGAUCUGUCCAAGCGGUUUGACGCCUGGAUCGAAAAGUACUUUGACGGUACGGGGCUGGAGUUCGUGUAUGAAUAG